AUACUCACGCAAAAACCCACAUGCAUGCUUCGCCUUACUUGGUGGGGUUAUACCUCGGCUACCUACUACACACAACGCAGGAAAAGAGGAUCUCAUUGAGCAAGGUAUUCCUGGCUCUAGGCUGGACUAUCACCGCACUCAUGUUUCUGGCCAAUUCUGUGGGACCGUACUACAUGCUCCAAGAGAGCUACACUUAUCACAUCCUGGACAGUGCAGCCUAUCCAGCCGUUGGUCGCCUUAUAUGGGCUAUUGGGAUUUCCUGGAUAGUCUUCACUUGUCAUACAGGUUACGGUGGACUGCUGAACAGACUACUCAACUGUUACGCAUUACGGGUGUUGAGUCGCUUAUCGUACACGUUAAAUCUUACACAUUUCAUUCUGCUGAUGCAUAAUGGAGGUCGUCGAAGAACACCCCUAUGGAUAGAUGACUUCACAUGGAUCCAAAUAUUUAUAGCAGAUUAUAUGCUUACAAUUGCGAUCUCAUUUGUCAUAUAUUUACUCAUCGAUUCACCCAUCAACUUGAUAAUCAAGUCAUUACUCAUG